UUUUUUUUAACUUCAUACCAUUUUAUUGUAAUUUGCUUUCGAAUUCUACGCCAUGUAUAAUAAUACUUUGAAUUCAAGAAACUCUAAUAAAUAUAAUAUGAAUCGAUUUCAGCUCAUGAAUUUUGAAAAUAUAGAGAAUUUGCAACCGCAGAACAUCUCUAAUUUAUCACAUACCUUGCCUAUUGGUAAUCAAAAUCAUGACAAAAGGCAACGAGAUUUUGCAGAUAUUGGACAUCAAAAUUUUGUACCAGCCAACAAACAACCGUCAUGUUUUUUAAAUAGCUAUACUAACGUUAUUCCAGAGGAUCUUAAUUCCCAAAAUUAUGGAUUUAUGAAUAUGAAUCCAACUGCAACUAAUGGCAAUACAUUCAUAAAUAAAAGAAACUUUGAAACAUUAAGCUCUAUUUAUAAAGAUAUAAGUUUUAAUGCAUUAAAUGAGAUUAGUGUAAAGCGUAGCAAAAAACCAAAAAUAGAGCAACAGUCCAAAGACCCUAAAGUAUUACUUAACGAAUUGAGGCCUGACAUUCGCAUGGAAGAAAUAAGUAUAAAUCCAUUUACUUAUAGAGCUGUCAUUGAUGAUAAUCAAUACCAAGCUGUUGGUAGAUCAAAAAAAUUAGCAAAAACUGCAUUAGCUGAGAAAAUUUUAGUAGAACAUUUAAAAUAUAGAAUUCCACCUCAACUAGAAAAGAAAUCUAAUCCACUUUUGUCCAAUUACACAACUUCAGAAAUAACUAAAAAAAAUCCAAUAAGUUUGUUAUAUGAACUCCAUGAUGGUCGUAAUUUGAAUAUUGAGAUAAAACAAAAUGAAGGAUAUAAGAUACCUAUAUUUGUUGCAAAUGUAUCUAUUAAUGGCAAUAUGUAUUCAGCAAAAGGACUGUCCAAACAUAAAGCCAAGAUUACUUUGUCUAAAAAUAUAUUGAAAGAAUGUUAUAACGUUGAACUGGGGAUCAACGAUGAAGAAGCGAAAGAAUUAGAAAAAAUCGCAGAAUUAGAAAAAAUUCUUGAUACCUCAACAAACGCUACUAAUGAAUUAAUAGCAACAAAAACUCCUUCAGCAAUUCUUUAUGAAAUAAUGAAACAUGAAACAACAGUGAUAUCUUGUCCUACUGGGGGAUUCACUGGAACUAUAAAUGCAAAAGGGAAGGAAUACAAAAGUUGGGGCAGCAGUAAAAAGUUAGCCAAAAACGAGGUUGCCAAAUUAGUUUUAAAGGAUCUAAAUAUUGAUUUUGGAGUGUUUACAAACAAAAUUGCAGUUCCUAAUGAAAUAGAUUUGUCCAUGCCAACAACAGCAAAUAUAUCUAAUAUCAAUUUUCCGAAAACUUUUUCCCUCAUAACAUCUACACUAAAUGACAGUUUUACCACAACUGAACCAAAUGACCAGUUGGAAGACUCUAAUAUUGGAGAGGUUGGAGAUGAGGUCACCUUCAGAAAAAUACCCUAUGAAUUGGCAGAUCUUAUAGCUUUAACUGUUUUGAACAAAUACAAAGAAAUCAUGCAAAUGGGUGAAUUGGAGAAGAUUUUGUUUGAUAAUUCAAAGAUGAUAGCGGGUAUAGUGAUGAUGAGACAAAUGGUACCCAAUACUCUACCACAAUUGACACUCAUAGCUGUUUCAAAUGGAACAAGAUGCUUUGAUGCACCUGCAAUCUUUAAAAUGAUAUCCGAAGAAGAGAUGCGUGAUAGCAAUUUACCACCCAUAAAGAGAAAGUGCAUCACUGAUUGCCAUGCAGAGAAUUUAUGUAGAAAAGCUCUUAUAAAAUUUUUAUGGGCUCAAAUAUCAGCUCAUGAUGAUGAUAACAAUAUAUUCGAAAAGAUACCUGUGGUCAAUUCACACUCUCUUUUCAAGCUAAAAUCAAACGUUAAAUUUUUAUUAUAUCUAAGUGGGUUUCCCUGUGGUUCAGAACUUAGAAUUCCAUUUAAGUCUGCUUUACGUAUGAAUCAAAUAAAAAAUCAGAAAAUGCCAUGCUUAAAGCUCUGCCCAGGAUUUUCCAAGACCAGAAAUUCUGAUAAAUUGUUAAUCAAAUCUAAUUAUGUUUACCCUCUUAACAACAAUUAUUCCAAUUUGGAUAAUCAAAAUAGGGAUGGAAAUCAAAUGGAAAAAAAUAGUGAUCCUCAAAAUAUAAAUGGUAAGGUUGGGGGUGACACAGGCUAUGACUUUAAAAAAUCUUUUCCUAAUUUUAACACUAGUAAACAAGACUCGAAAGUGGAAGAGUUUCAAAUUGUGAUGGAAAAGGGCUUAGGAAUUAUGUCUUGUGCUGACAAGCUAAUGCUUUGGAAUAUAGUUGGGGUGCAAGGAGAUGAAUUAACCCAAUUUAUUCAACCUAUAUUUUUCAAUGGUAUCAUAACCUCGACUCCUUAUCCAUUGACGAGUUUAUAUAAAGCAAUAUAUGGAAGAUCUUUAUAUUUUUUGAGACCGGAAUGUUUUUCUUCCAUAGAUACCUAUCUGAACCCACCUAUUAUUCAAAAGACAACUUACAGAUUUAUCCCAAACAAUAAAGACACGAAAAACCCCAAUAUUUAUAAUAAAAAUCAUAAUAAGAAGAUGAAAAAAAAGGGUUCAGACAUUGGAGGAAAUGCAAAGAUAGGUGAUGACAACACAUCGACCAUGACUGAAGACAAACCAUCAUUAGAUUUGAAUAUGAAAGAGGAUAUGCUUCAAAAAUUGGAGCUAAAUCAGAUAAACCAGAAAAUUUUAAUAAGCGAUAAUAUAAAAACAGUGAAUGACAUUAAUAAGAUAGACGAUGAAGAUAAAACGGAAGAUGGAAUGACGUUGGCUGCAAAGAAAGGGGCCAAGUUUUUGGCUAAAAGAAAAUUUAAAAGUAAUCCAACACCCAAUUUUGUUAAGCAUAAUCGUUACGCUUUUGUUUGGUAUCGAACCAACAUGGUUGAAUCUGAAUCUAAGGACAACGUUUUAGAAAUUUUGGACUGCAAUCGAGGCUUUGCCUUUGGGGACGUAUCUAUGUUGCAACCUUUGGCGUUAAGCAUUUGUGAGGAAACUAAAAAGAAAAUUUAUGCUAAAAUAUUGGAAAAUAAAAUUGUGGAAGUUGAUAAAGAUGAUAGUCUAAAUAACGAUGAUCAGAAUGUUCUUAAGAUAGAUGAUUCAGAAUUAAACCAAUCUUUAGUUGACAAGAAAGUUUCUAUUCCGUCUCCUUUAAAAGAAACAAUAAAAAUGGAUUAUGUAGAUACGUUGAAAAUUGAAUUAAUGAAAAAAUUGGAUGAAAUGCCAGUAAUUAAUUCUUCUCUGUCCUCUUUCCAAUUGAAUACAUUCGCUUUGAAAGUAAAGACCAACAUUUUAGUUAAUAGUAAAAUGACAACGCCUGCAUCUUUUAGCAAUGAGGUAACACUUUAUAAAAAAACGAAAUUGGAAUUCAAACGGUACUGUGAUCAAGUCUUGAAACUGGGUACUUGGGCUAAAUAAUAUUAUUUUACAAAAACCACUAUUGCUCCCUUUAAAAUGACUUUGCUUAUAUCUUUAUAUUCUUUUGUAAAUUGUCAUAAUAAACUACUAUUCAUUAAACAUUUUUUAUAAACUAGAUUUUUAAUUUUUAGAGUUAAGUUCAUCAUGUAUAGUACAAAUAUAUAAAUUUAAUUUUUUGAUAUAUAUAUAUCAUAUUUUGAAUUUCAAUUAUUUUUAAUGAUAUUGUUGCAUAACACCAUUGAAAUG